ACACCGUCACGAGUUGAGCAUGAGGACGAUCGAAAUGUUGUUCCCCCUGGUUUAAAGCCGCAGUGAGGCGAGGACAUUCAGACCGCAGGGAGACACUUUCUCGUGACAUCGCUCUGACUUCCUGCUGGAGCUGUUCUGCUCUGACUCAUGGAUGACUCAGCGAUUCUCCCUCAUCAUGUUUGAUGACUCAGCGAUUCUCCCUCAUCAUGUUUGAUGACUCAGCGAUUCUCCCUCAUCAUGUUUGAUUCUUUCAGAGUCCCAGCGUUCAGAACUUUAGAUCUUUGAAAACAAGUCUUCCUGAUAAAGAUGAUGUAGAUUCAUAACGAGUACGUUCAUCCCUCCUCUGUGAUAGGCUGAAUGAUGACGAGUCAUGUGACCCGCUCAGUGAAACCUGAGCUCAGACUCAUCCGGGAUUCAGGACACGAAGCAGCAAGACUGACAGGAUGGAUCUCUCUGAUGCUUUAGGUGAAGGUAGUGGUUGGCCUGGUUCUGGUAACAACCAAUCCCAGGGGGGCGGUUGGCCGGGACAGACCAACAACUCUGGCUGGCCAGGGCAACCAAGUCAACCCAACAACCCCGCCUGGCCGGGUCAAGCGGGUCAACCCACCAACCCCGGCUGGCCGAGUCAACCAGGUCAACCUCCUGCUAACAAUCCCUGGCCCAGUCAACCAGGUCAACCCCCUGCUAACAACCCCACCUGGCCGAGUCAACCAGGUCAACCCCCUGCUAACAACCCCACCUGGCCGAGUCAACCAGGUCAACCUGGAGGAUGGCCCAGUCCUGCACCUGCACCUGCACCUGCACCUGCACCUGCACCUGUACCUAGAUUCCCUGUGGCGCCCCAACAGAAACUGUCGGUGCCGUAUUCACAAUCGCUUCCUAACGGCGUUUAUGACAAGCUGCUGAUCACCAUCGAAGGAACCAUCAAUCACAACGCCAACAAGUUUACAUUGGAUCUGUGUGCAGGAAGGGACCUGGUCUUCCACCUGAACCCACGCUUCAAUGAGGGAGGGAGGAAGGUGAUCGUCAGGAACAGCAGGAUCAGCGAUAAGUGGGGCAACGAGGAGAGAGAGUCAAAGAACUUCCCCUUCGUUCAGGGGAGGCCUUUUGAGAUGAAGAUCCUCUGCACAGCCAGCGGGUACAAGGUGGCUGUGGAUGGAUCCCACGUCCUGGAGUUCAAACAUCGGGUCAGGGACCUGAGAUCCAUCAAAUCCUUCAGCAUCCACAAUGACCUGACACUCAAAAAUGUCCGUGUAGAAAACAUUCCCUGAGUCAGAUCACUGGAUCCACUGCUGGUGUAACAAGGAUCCACCUGAGAUCCACCACAGUACCACCACCAAUCAAAUAGAUCUACUGAGGAUCCAGCUGAGAUCCACCACAGUACCACCACCAAUCAAAUAGACCACAUGAACAGAUCAAAAAGAACUCCCCUCCCUUCGCUCAGUUGAUCCUUAAUUGAUCUUCAGUUGAUCCUCAGUUGAUCUUCAGUUGAUCUUCAGUUGAUCCUCAGUUGAUCUUCAGUUGAUCUUCAGUUGAUCUUCAGUUGAUCCUCAGUUGAUCCUCAGUUGAUCUUCAGUUGAUCUUCAGUUGAUCUUCAGUUGAUCCUCAGUUGAUCUUCAGUUGAUCUUCAGUUGAUCUUCAGUUGAUCCUCAGUUGAUCUUCAGUUGAUCCUCAGUUGAUCUUCAGUUGAUCCUCAGUUGAUCUUCAGUUGAUCCUCAGUUGAUCUUCAGUUGAUCUUCAGUUGAUCCUCAGUAGAUCCUCAGUUGAUCCUCAGUAGAUCCUCAGUUGAUCCUCAGUAGAUCCUCAGUAGAUCCUCAGUUGAUCCUCAGUUGAUCUUCAGUUGAUCUUCAGUUGAUCCUCAGUUGAUCUUCAGUUUAUCCUCAGUUGAUCCUCAGUAGAUCCUCAGUUGAUCCUCAGUUGAUCCUCAGUUGAUCUUCAGUUGAUCCUCAGUUUAUCCUCAGUUGAUCCUCAGUUGAUCUUCAGUUGAUCCUCAGUUUAUCCUCAGUUGAUCCUCAGUUGAUCUUCAGUUGAUCCUCAGUUUAUCCUCAGUUUAUCUUCAGUUGAUCUUCAGUUGAUCCUCAGUUGAUCCUCAGUAGAUCCUCAGUUGAUCCUCAGUUGAUCCUCAGUUGAUCUUCAGUUGAUCCUCAGUUGAUCCUCAGUUGAUCCUCAGUUGAUCCUCAGUUGAUCCUCAGUUGAUCUUCAGUUGAUCCUCAGUUGAUCCUCAGUUGAUCCUCAGUUGAUCUUCAGUUGAUCCUCAGUUGAUCUUCAGUUGAUCUUCAGUUGAUCCUCAGUUGAUCUUCAGUUUAUCCUCAGUUGAUCCUCAGUAGAUCCUCAGUUGAUCCUCAGUUGAUCCUCAGUUGAUCUUCAGUUGAUCCUCAGUUUAUCCUCAGUUGAUCUUCAGUUGAUCUUCAGUUGAUCCUCAGUUGAUCCUCAGUAGAUCCUCAGUUGAUCCUCAGUUGAUCUUCAGUUUAUCCUCAGUUGAUCUUCAGUUGAUCCUCAGUUUAUCCUCAGUUUAUCUUCAGUUGAUCUUUGUAAGACUUUAAUUUUUCUGACUCAAUAAAGGAUGGAUUUUGCAUCUA